AUGGAAAUUGGAGAACUACUUCUGGGGGACAAGGAAGUUAAACAAGCAGAGAAUGAGGACGACAGUGACAUGCAAAGCCUCCAGAGCCACUCAUCAUCUGAGAAAAACAUGAAAAAUAGAAGAAGAAAAAAGCAUAAAAAUGGUGCAGAGAAUUGGGUUAAAGAAAUGCGUGAGGGGUUAAUGGUGGCAGCUUCAUUGCUGGCAACAAUGGCGUUUCAGGCCAUGGUUAACCCCCCUGGCGGUGUAGUGCAGGAAUCUAAACCCGUCGAGUAUGUCGAUAAGUGUGCAUUUUAUACUUUCUUAUACCAUGGGAAUGAUUGCACGUUGACACACUAUGGCAGUAGAAGUGAAAUAACAGCAGCAGCAGGAAGUGGUCUGAUGUUUUAUUACAAACCAGAUGACAAUAACGCCUUCGUAGUGGCCAACAUGUUGAGCUUUCUCACAUCUCUCAGUGUCAUACUCUUACUCAUAAGUGGAUUGCCCAUUCAGAGUAAAUGGUUUAUGUACACAAUGAUGAUCACAAUGUGGGUGGCAAUCACUGCAGCGGGAGCAAGCUUUGUUCUGUGCCUGCAAAUGAUUACUCCCACGCCUACAGGUUACGACAUUGCCUUCAUCUGGGGCUGUUUGUUUGCAGCACUUGCCUUCAUUAUUGGUGUUGGGUAUGUAGUUAAGGUGACACAGGCGGUGAUAAAAUGGUUGCCAACAACAGCAUUCAACACAAACUCCAAGAAGAAGAAGAAGAAUUCAAGUUCAGAUUCAGUGGUGGUGUGUCAAGUUUAA